AUGGAGCAAACAAAAUCACAUAAUAAGCCUGAAACAGCUUUAACAAUUUUAUUGAAAUCUCCUCAGAAAUCCUUUGCUCCACGAGAUCAAAUAAAUGUUCCUUUGCCCCAAACAUUACUGACUGCUAUUACUCCUGCCUCUUUACUUUUAGAUUCAAGGCCCGCAAUAACAUUACAAAAUGUUGUAGCCACUGUAAAUUUAAUGAAUGAAUUAGACCUUAGGAAAAUUAAUUUUUGUACGAGAAACACUGAAUAUAAUCCAUCUCGAUUCAAAGGUUUGGUUAUGAGAAUCAGGGAACCGAAAACAACAGCUCUUAUAUUUAGAUCUGGGAAAAUAGUCGUUACCGGUGCUAAAUCUGAAGAUGCUGCUUUGCUUGCCGCAAGAAAAUAUGCUAGGAUUAUUCAAAAGUUAGGAUUUUCAAUAAAAUUUUGUAGUUUUAAAAUUCAGAACAUUGUUGGUACAUGUGAUGUUAGAUUCCCAAUCAAACUUGAAUCAUUAAAUCAAAUUCACGGACAGUUUAGUAGUUAUGAACCGGAACUUUUCCCAGCAUUAAUUUACAGACUAGUUAAGCCUAGGGUAGUGUUACUUAUUUUUGUAAAUGGCAAAAUUGUGUUAACCGGUGCUCGAACACAGCAAGAUAUACAAGAGGCUCUCGAUAUUAUGUUGCCCAUUUUGAAAAGUUUUAGGAAACAGUAA